AUGAGUACAAAACUGCUGAAAUCAGAAAUCGAAAAGUCUCUCAAGCAGCUUAUCACUUCUCCAAUUAGUAAAGAAAACGCACACUCAUCACUAUUCGCAUGGGAAGUUUCAAACGAUGCAAAUAAAGCAGAUAUACUCACCCGGAGAUUUAAAUUCAAGUCUUUCGAAGAUACAUGGGCGUUUCUUACGAAAGUUUCGUUGAGAUCGCACAAACUUCAACACCACCCCAAACUUUCUACACUUUACAACAUUGUGGAUAUGGAACUCACAACUCAUGAUGUAGGAGGCCUCACAGAGAUGGAUUUCAAAAUGGCCAAGACCUUUUCGAAGUUUGCGGCAAAGAUAGGAGAGAAAUACGAAUGA